AUGGUGUGCGUUAUUCAGACCAACGUAUACAAAUACCUAUGUUUUGUGGUGGUCAUCAUCAUAUACUCAAAUUCCGAAGUGCUUUCUAACUCUAACGCUACGGAUGUACAAGGUAACUCUGGUCUUGGUGAUUUCGCUGGCAAAGGUAUAGCUGUAGACAAUGCCCAUUCACGUACUGAGUUCUUCGAGGAACAUGGUUAUUAUAUGACACUUCUUUCCGUUAUUCCAGAUAAUGGCUAUUGUCGUGGCAUGCAGCGCAGUUUCUUCAAAAAGAACAUCUUCGAUUUCGCUUCCCCAGAGUUCAAUAAUAUUGGCUGGCAAGAUGUCCUCAAUGGAGAGCUGUUUUGCGAUGGCUUUAACGAUAAAGGUACGUGGGGUUAUCAGCCUAGAUAUUCCGAGUAUCGUUCGCAUCCUUCUCGCUGUACGGGUGACUUUCGUGGCGAUAAUGUGCCAGAAUUGGCUUGGCACCUUAACCGCAACUUCGCUGCCCUUCCUCCGCUAAAUGAUAACUUCUUGAAGGUUUCCGAGUUCAAUCGCAUUUUCAGUGCGCAGGAUUUGACUGCAAAGGAUUGCCGCUAUACGUCCCGACAACGUUAUCAAGAAUUGCAGGGAAAAAAGGCUACUGCUGGAAUGUCCGAUAGAGAGCUUAAUUUGUACUUUGCUUGGAAAGAGCAACAAGAGAAGUGGUACGAAGAAGCUGAACGUUUGAAACGUUUGCAGGCUAUUGGUCAAAAUCCAUUCUAUACAGAAGGUAUUGGAAAUGACGCUAAUCUUUCCUCUUUCAAUAAUCCAGAAGCUCCUGCCUAUAUUCCGAACAAGGUUCUAUGA